AUGGAUAGGCGACCUGAGGAGCUUCAGUUUCUAGGGUUUUUUGGCAUCUACAAGGAAUCCUACAAGAUUGUAUUAACAUGGAGGAAGGUCUUCUCCAAAAUCACCCUAGCUCUAGUUCUACCUCUAUCUUUCAUCUUCCUGGCACACAUCCAAUUAUCAGAACUCAUAGGCACAAAGAUCGACACCAGUGAAGACGCCUUGGACAACACCAAACCUGGUAGCCCAAAGCAGAAUGAAAUCCUUCACCGCAUAUGGUCCGAGUGGACCGCCUACUUGCUAAUCAAGGUGGCCUACUUCGUCUUCGUCAUCAUCUUCGCCCUCCUGUCCACGUCUGCUGUUGUGUACACGAUCGCAUGCAUCUACACCGCUAAGGACCUAACCUUUAAAAAGGUCAUGAGUGUAGUGCCCAAGGUAUGGAAGAGGCUCAUGAUCACAUUCUUAUGGACAGUUCUAAUCCUACUAGGCUACAGCACUCUUACAGUAAUGGUCAUGAUCUUCUUUAUCUUCCUGAUGGGAAUUGGCAUGGCGACUCUGAUGGUCCUGAUCAUUGUCUUCACAUUAUAUUUUAUUGGGUUUGCGUACAUUAUUGUUUUAUGGAACCUGGCUAGUGUAGUUUCAGUACUAGAAGACGUGCAUGGAAUUGCGGCGAUGGAGAAGAGUAAUGCAUUGAUCAAGGGCAAGGCAUGGACCACAACCGCCAUAUUCCUUAAAUCCCAAAUUGCGGUUAUGUCUAUUAGUAUAUUGUUUCAGAAACUUGUGGUACAUGGGGAGUCACUGGGACUAACAGCUAGGGUUGGAUUUGGGAUCCUCUUCUUCAUGUUGCUCGUGAAGCUGAUCCUCUUUAGCCUCGUGAUCCAAACGGUUUUCUACUUCGUUUGCAAGUCCUACCACAACCAGAGCAUCGACAAGUCGUGCCUGGCGGAUCAUCUCGAAGUGUACUGGGGGGAGUAUGUUCCUCUCAAUUCCAAGGCAGUGCAGCUGGAACCGCUGUAUGUUUGA